AGGAAAUCCAGCUCCUGCUCCUCCGCCGAGCCGGCUCCAUCCCGUCACACCGGGCCGCUCUCCCUCCCCGCUGCGGCCGCGGGCUCCCCCCGCCUGCCGGCUCCUCCCGCUCCCCUCCACGCCGAGCAUCGCCCCCCACGUCCCCGCUGCGGCUCCCCGGGCAGCCGGGGGGGCUGGCGGCGGCUUGCGGGGCCGGGGAUGCGGCGGCCCCGCCGAUGGUGAGCCGCCGCCGGGCCCCGGCGCACCAUGUCCCCGCCGGCCCCGAGAGGAUGUUCGAGGGCUGCCGGCGGGCGAGGAGCCUCUGGGGCGGCGUCAGGCUGGAGGUGGCCGGGGAGAGCAGCCCCGUGGUGCUGCACAGCUUCACGCAGCUCGACCCCGACCUGCCGCCGCUGGAGAGCUCCACACAGGAGAUUGGAGAAGAGCUGGAGGAUGGUGUGAUCUACAGCAUAUCCCUCCGGAAAGUGCAGCUCCAUCACACGGCCAACAAAGGGCAGCGCUGGCUGGGGUUUGAGAACGAGUCAGCCUUAAACCUCUACGAGACGUGCAAGGUGCGGACGAUAAAAGCCGGGACCUUGGAGAAGCUGGUGGAGUACCUGGUCUCAGCCUUCAAGGGCAAUGACUCCACCUAUGUCACCAUCUUCCUGUGCACCUACCGGGCCUUCGCCACCACCAAGCAAGUGCUGGACCUGCUGCUGAACAGGUAUGGCAAACUGCACGUGCAGGCCAAUGGGGACCACGCCAGGCACACUGUGGAUGAGAGGAUGGAGCUGAAGAACACCAUCUCCUCCAUCCUGGGGGCCUGGCUGGACCAGUACUCGGAGGAUUUCCGCAAGCCCCCCGACUUUGCCUGCCUCAAGCAGCUCAUCUCCUACGUGCGCCACAACAUCCCCGGCUCCGACCUGGAGCGCCGAGCCCGCAUCCUGCUGGCCCAGUUCCAGCAGCAGGAGCAGAGCGAGGCCGAGGCAGAAGCUGUGGACCACAGCAGCUGCACCUUCCAGCUGGUGGAAGAGAAUGGGGUUGGUGAUGGGAAGCCAGAUUUCCUCUCCUUCUCCCCAGAGAUGGUGGCAGAGCAGUUCACACUGAUGGAUGCUGAGCUGUUCAAGAAAGUGGUGCCUUACCACUGCCUGGGCUGCAUCUGGUCCCAGAGGGACAAGAAGGGCAAAGAGCACCUGGCCCCCACCAUCCGUGCCACGGUCUCCCAGUUCAACAGCGUGGCCAACUGUGUCAUUGCCACUUGUCUGGGGGACAGGUCCCUGAAGCCACAGCAGAGGGCCAAGGUGGUGGAGCGGUGGAUCGAAGUGGCUCGGGAGUGUCGCAUCCUGAAGAACUUCUCCUCCCUCCGAGCCAUCCUCUCGGCCCUGCAGUGCAAUGCCGUGCACCGGCUGAAGAAGACCUGGGAUGAGGUCCUGAGGGAGAGCUUCCGCACGUUCCACGAGCUCUCAGAGAUCUUCUCCGACGAGAACAACCACUCGCUGAGCCGGGAGCUCCUCAUCAAGGAGGGCACAUCCAAAUUUGCCACCUUGGAGAUCAACCCAAAGCGGGCUCAGAAGCGGCAGCAGCAGCAGCGAGAGAUGGGUGUGAUGCAGGGCACCAUUCCCUACCUUGGCACCUUCCUCACGGACCUGGUGAUGCUGGACACGGCCAUGAAGGAUUUCCUGGAUGGUGGGCUGAUCAACUUUGAGAAGAGAAGGAAGGAGUUCGAAGUCAUCGCUCAGAUCAAGCUGCUCCAGUCAGCCUGCAACAACUACAGCUUCACACAGGAGGACCAGUUCGUGGAGUGGUUCCACAGCCUGGAGCGGCUCAGCGAGGCCGAGAGCUAUGGGCUGUCAUGUGAGAUUGAGCCACUGUCAGAGUCAGCCAGCAACACGUUGAAGGCCAAGAAAAACACGGGCAUCAUCAAGAGAUGGAGCGACCGGCAGCCACCGAGCACGGAGCCCUGUGCCAGCGGCAGCUCCCACUCCAAAUCCUUCGACCAGCUCAAGUGUGGGCAGUACCUGUGCAGUGGGGACGCCACUGACUCAGUGAGUGUCACCUCUGCUGGCUCCAGCAGCUCUGACGUGGAGGAGAUCAACAUCAGCUUCAUCCCCGAGUCCCCCGACUGCCAGGAGAAGAAGGUCAGUGAGAUCCCUCUGGCCUCCCUCCCCCAGCGCUGGUACGCCCCGUCUGUGGCCGAUGGAGAAGCUAAACCCACUGUGUCCUCCGCAUCCCCUCUCCUCCCUGCCCUCCAGUUCUGGGAAUCCACCUCCCUCUCUUCCCUGGACACGUCAGGCAUCGGCUCAGGCUCCAGCAGUGCCUCCUCCUCCUCCGUCUCCUCCACGCCGGUGACGGCCUCCCGCACACACAAGCGCUCGGUCUCCGGCAUCUCCAGCUACUCCUCACUCUCGCUGCCCCUCUACAACCAGCAGGUCGACGACUGUUGCAUCAUCCGGGUCAGCCUGGCUGUGGACAACGGCAACAUGUACAAGAGCAUCCUGGUGACGAGCCAGGACAAGACCCCCGUGGUUAUUCGCAAGGCCAUGGCCAAACACAACCUGGAUGGGGACCGGCCUGAAGACUAUGAGCUUGUCCAGAUCAUCUCGGAGGAGAGAGAGCUGAAGAUCCCCGACAACGCCAACGUCUUCUACGCCAUGAACUCCGCUGCCAACUAUGACUUUGUGCUCAAGAAGCGGGGCUUCUCCAAGGGGGUGAAGAUCAAGCACGGCUCCAGCUCCACCCUGCCCAGGAUGAAGCAGAAAGGCCUGAAGAUCGCCAAGGGCAUCUUCUAGCCUCAGCCCCACUGCCACCCAUCACCGACGGGGCCUUGGGGGCAGCUGCUCCAGGCUUGGCUGUGGCCACUCCUUGUGCCACCCUGCAGGGCAGAGGAGUGACCCUCACCCACGGGCGACGGCCGUGCACCUCCCUUCCGCACCCAGAGCUGAGAGUUGGGCAAUGCUGUCGGCCUCUGCCUCUCUCUGCACAAGCCCCCGUUCCAAUCAGGUCUUUUUUUCUACACAGGAAGGCAGCAGUGUGGGGGGGGGAUUUGUCUAUUUUUUGUUUUGUUUUGUUUUUUUAACCUUCCACGGUGCGACACUCGGCCAGCCCAGAGCUGGAGCCCGCCUCUGCCGUAGGUGCCUUGUGUCUGAGCGAGCCGAGGAGCAGUGACAUGCAGGGGGCUGUGUGACAGAGCAGAGCAGGAGCCACCAUCACCCUGGAAGGGGCUGCCAAGCCCCCUUUCCCAGCUUUCCCAGUGUUACCUCCACGUCUGUCCUCCCUGGGAUCACUGGCGUUGCCACCACCGCACAGCUCUGCCUGUCCUGCCCUUGGGAGAAGCCACGGAUGCCCUGGGCUGGGAGGAUGCAGCCCUGCACCAGUGCUGAGCCCCGUGGAGGAGCCCGUGGCUGUGCCAUGAUGGAGUGGGUGCCUCGUGCUCUCCCCAGCUGGAAGCCUGCGUGGUCUCGCUCCUCUCCCGAUCCAGCACAUCCUCCAGCUGGACUGGGCCAGUUCAAACUUGCACCAAAGAUCAAAUGCCAGUGUCUCUUCUGCCAAGGGGGAGCUUCAGGCCGUGCCCCCAGUGCUGCCAGCCUGAGGAAGAGGAGAGCAAAGUUCUGUGUGAAACUGUGUAAAUAGAGACUUUGGGUCUGUGCGGGCACGCGAGGGGCCAGAGCUCAGGGUGCUCCAGGUGCCCCAGCUGCCACUGCCUGACCCACAGAAAGUGCCACUCACCUUGGGCUUUAACCGGACUUUUUCAAACACUGACCACGGGAGAAGCAGCAAUGAGACUUCUUUUUUUGUAUAAAACAAAAAAGUUUACUGAUUUUUUUUUUUUUCAGUAUUUAUUGGUUGUAAAUAGAAGAGGCAAACUUGUACAUUUUACUAAUCCAGCCUCCCCCUGCCCUGCAGCCCAGUCCCUGUCCUGUGACCCCUGCUAUUUAAGGCUGCUGGGAGGGAUGCUGGCUCAUGGGGUGCAGACCCUGCCAGCCCCUCCUCCCAAAUCCUCUACCACUAAUUGCUCGAGCAGGGGCAGAGAUGCUUCUUUUAAUCAUUGUAGGAAACACUAACCAAAGGGGGACCUUUUGUUGCUCCUGCCUCCCUCUCUGUUUUUUAACCACUUCAUUCCAGCAGACCUUUUCCGUUUCCCACCCGCCAGCAUUCCCAGGUGGUUGUGGUGCCUUCCCCUGCUCCAGGACAGGAACCACCCUCCAGGGGCUGGGGCUGGUGAGGAAGAGGCUGCUUGGGUGUGAGUGUGGCUGGCACGGAGCUCCUCCAGCCCCGUGGCCCCUCGGGCAGGGCUGCCCACGAUGCACAUGAUGGGAGCUCGUGGCUCCUUGACGCAGGGGCAGCCUCCUGCCUCCCCCCUGCCCUGCCCUGCCCUGCCCUGCCCUGGGAGGGUGUUCCCUCUGCUGCCCACCCUGGGACUGUCCCCUCCCCUCCCUCUGGGGGGACUGGCUGUACCGUAUGUAUUUUGUACUUCAAUGAAGGAGCACACUGCCCGGUGUGACUUGUACACAGCAAUGUAAUUAGUCUUUGCAAUAAAAUAAUGAUGCUCAAAA